ACAGAGGCGGAGGCUGUUGCGGCGGCCCGGUCGGGCCGCGCACGGGGGCGCGCUCGGGGCCGCGCCAGGCCACGGCCCGCGCGCCGCAGCCCCGGGCGGCGGAGCGGUGCGAGCCCCGGCGUGGCGCGCGGAGCAGAGCAGCCAGCGGCUGAGGUGAGAGUGGAGUCUUUCAAGUUGGGUGUGGAGAGCUGGAGAAGCAGCUGAAGAAACGCCCUGGCCACGCUCGCUCACGUUCUGAUGACCUCAGCCCUACACGCGCCGACGGAGGCCUGGCCCCUGGACCAGAGUGGACACAGGAGCUGAGCUGAUUCCAAGACAGAAACAGUCUCCGCCAGUCAAGAAACCCCCCACAGCCUUUCGCCAUGGAUCUAGAAGACGAAGAAAACCUGAGUUCCAGCAGCACAGAGGCUAAGGACAGCGGCAGCGCGGGCCGCGGGCCCCCCGGGGACGGCGGCGGCGGCACGCCGGGGCUGGCCGAUGGCUGCCCGCUCCCCAACGGGGGCGGCGGCGGGUCCGCCGGCAGGAAGCGGCCCCUGGACGAGGGCAGCAACGGGCACGCCAAGUUCCGCCUGAAGAAGAGGAGGAGGGCGCCGGGGCCGGCGCUGCCCAAGAACGCGCUGAUGCAGCUGAACGAGAUCAAGCCCGGCCUGCAGUACUCGCUGCUGUCCCAGACGGGGCCCGUGCACGCGCCGCUCUUCGUCAUGUCCGUGGAGGUGAACGGGCAGGUGUUCGAGGGCUCCGGCCCCACCAAGAAGAAGGCCAAGCUGCACGCCGCCGAGAAGGCCCUGCGCUCCUUCGUCCAGUUCCCCAACGCCUCCGAGGCCCACCUGGCCAUGGGGCGGAGCCUGUCCGCCAAUGCGGACUUCACGUCCGACCAGGCCGACUUCCCCGACACGCUCUUCAACGGCUUCGAGACGCCGGACAGGUCGGAAGUGCCCUUCUUCAUGGGCUCCAACGGCGACGACUCCUUCAGCUCCAGCGGGGACCUCAGCUUGUCGGCGUCCCCGGUGCCCGCCAGCCUCGUGCAGCCCCCGCUCCCGGCCCUGCCGCCCUUCCCCCUGCCCAGCGGGAAGAACCCCGUGAUGAUCCUGAACGAGCUGCGCCCGGGCCUGAAGUACGACUUCCUCUCGGAGAGCGGGGAGAGCCACGCCAAGAACUUUGUCAUGUCCGUGGUCGUGGACGGCCAGUUCUUCGAAGGGUCGGGAAGGAACAAAAAGCUCGCCAAGGCCCGGGCCGCGCAGUCCGCCCUGGCCGCCGUCUUCAACCUGCACCUGGAUCAGACACCGUCGCGCCAGCCCAUCCUCAGCGAGGGCCUCCAGUUGCACCUGCCCCAGGUGUUAGCAGACGCUGUGGCCCGCCUGGUUCUGGAUAAGUUUGGGGACCUGACGGACAACUUCUCCUCCCCCCAUGCACGCAGGAAGGUUCUUGCUGGGAUCGUCAUGACGACAGGCACAGAUGUUAAAGACGCCAAGGUGAUCUGUGUUUCCACGGGAACGAAAUGUAUUAACGGCGAGUACAUGAGUGACCGUGGCCUUGCUUUGAAUGACUGCCACGCAGAGAUCAUAUCUCGGAGGUCCUUGCUUAGAUUCCUUUAUACGCAGCUUGAGCUUUACCUAAACAACAAAGAUGAUCAAAAAAAGUCCAUCUUCCAGAAGUCUGAGCGGGGAGGCUUUAAACUGAAGGACAGCGUCCAGUUCCAUCUGUACAUCAGCACCUCACCCUGCGGGGACGCCAGAAUCUUCUCUCCGCACGAGCCCAUCCUGGAAGAACCCGCAGACAGACACCCGAACCGCAAAGCCCGAGGCCAGCUGCGGACGAAGAUAGAAUCUGGGGAGGGGACCAUCCCCGUGCGCUCGAACGCGAGCAUCCAGACGUGGGACGGGGUGCUGCAGGGGGAGAGGCUGCUCACCAUGUCCUGCAGCGACAAGAUGGCACGGUGGAACGUGGUGGGCAUCCAGGGCUCCCUGCUCAGCAUCUUCGUGGAGCCGAUCUACUUCUCCAGCAUCAUCCUGGGCAGCCUCUACCACGGGGACCACCUCUCCAGAGCCAUGUACCAGCGGAUCUCGAACAUAGAGGACCUGCCCGCCCUGUACACCCUCAACAAGCCUCUGCUCAGCGGCAUCAGCAACGCAGAAGCGCGGCAGCCGGGGAAGGCACCCAACUUCAGCGUCAACUGGACGGUGGGCGACGCGGCCGUCGAGGUCAUCAACGCCACGACGGGCAAGGACGAGCUGGGCCGAGCGUCGCGCCUGUGUAAGCACGCGUUGUACUGUCGCUGGAUGCGUGUGCACGGCAAGGUCCCCUCCCACUUACUGCGCUCCCGGAUCACCAAACCCAACAUGUACCAUGAGUCCAAGCUGGUGGCGAAGGAGUACCAGGCGGCCAAGGCCUGCCUGUUCCGGGCGUUCGUCAAGGCUGGGCUGGGCGCCUGGGUGGAGAAGCCCACGGAGCAGGACCAGUUCUCGCUCACGCCCUGACCGCCGGCAGGGACUCGGGGGUGCCCGGUGUCGGCCCUGUCCCCAGAACCUCCCGUCUGCAGUGGGGGCGGGGUGGGGUGGCCAGGGUGGGGCGGGGUGGCCGGGCCGGGGCCGCCCUCGGGCCCCUCUGUGGCACCCUGUCCCCGCCCAGUUGCUGGUGACGGCGUUCAAUCUCAGUUUACGAUAGAAAUCGAGUUCUACCAAGUAGGGCUUCCUGAAGCUUAGGAAAUAGCAAUUACUUUGUGUGAAAUUCUUGAAUAAAUAAUUUAUUCAGA